AUGGAAUCGCCAAAUUCAUCGCGUCGACGACCCCGCAACGAAGAGGAAGACGAUGCAGAGCCCGGACCAACUGCCACCUCGCGCGCCUCAAGUGCCAAACGCCCCCGCCUGAACCCCGCGGACAGUGACCAUGAGGCUGCCGAAGGUGAAAGAAACGGAAACCAGAGCGCUGAAGAUGAUAACUCUGAAGACCAAGCCGCUGAAAGCGAAGGUUACGAGGACGAGAGCGAUGCUGAAAGCGACGGAUCUGGAACCUCACAAACGAUCGCCAAUCCACCCCAAGUUGCACCACACGAUGGCCUCGGUCCUGGUGGCUACAAGCCAGGUGCCAUCGUUCGCAUCAAAGUCACGAACUUUGUCACCUACACGUCGGCGGAGUUUUUCCCAGGCCCGAAGCUGAACAUGGUGAUUGGACCUAAUGGCACGGGUAAAAGCACUCUGGUUUGCGCAAUCUGUCUUGGUCUUGGAUGGGGACCACAGCAUCUGGGGCGCGCCAAAGAUCUAGGCGAGUUUGUUAAACACGGCAACAAAGAAGCCAUCAUCGAGAUCGAACUAUGCGGACCACCCAAAAUGGGUCAUAACCCUGUCAUCCAACGAACAAUCAAGCGUGAUGGCAACAAAAGCUCUUUCUUGGUUGAUGGUCAAACCGCCUCCAAGAAUGAGGUACUGAAACUAGCCCAGUCGUUUGCCAUUCAGGUCGACAAUUUGUGCCAGUUUUUGCCCCAGGACAAAGUCGCUGAGUUUGCUGCACUGACUCCGGUCGACCUUCUUUACUCCACCCAAAGGGCGGCAGCUGGCCCCGAGAUGCUCGGUUGGCACGAUGCCCUGAAGAGCCUCAGAAGCAAGCAGAAGAAGUUGGAGAUUGACCACGGGGGCGACAAGGACACCCUCACGAAUCUGGAGAAUCGCCAAGAAAUGCAGCGAGCAGACGUUGAGCGUAUGCGCGAACGUGCUGAAAUCGAGAAAAGGAUCAAGAUUCUCAAACAAUGUCGACCUGUGGUGGCAUUCAAAGAGUAUUGGGAAUCCUUAACAGCUUUGAAGGAAGAAAGAAAUAAGCUGAAGGAAGAGCACGAACAGGCAAAGGCAGCCUGUGAGCCAAUGAUGCGUGCAGUCAACGCCAAAGUUGAUUAUAUCGAAGAGCUGAACGGAGCUAAAGAUGAUCGCAAGGAUGCCGUUGACGAGGCCUCAAAGAUCGCCUCUGCAAAGAAUAGGCUGAUUGAACAGCUGGACGCGAAGCUCAAGAAUAUCGAUGGUGAAAUUGAAGCCGAGAGAAAGGGCGGCCAAAAACACAGGACCGAGGCGCUUCAGGCGAAACAAACCAUUAACAAACUAGAACGCCAGUUGAACGAGGAGGCCGUUGAGUUUGACCCGGAAUCUUUCAACGAGACUUUGAGGGAGAAAAGACUUCAGAGGCGUGAGCUUGAGGCGAAAGCUGUGGAGCUUAAGGACAAACGCACUCCUAUCAUGGAAGAACAGAAACAAGUGCACACAGAGAUCCAAAAAGCUGAGCGCCAGUUGGCCAAUCUAGACUCGGCAGCCGGUCAACAAGAGAUCAAGCUUGAGCAAAUAUCCAGAGAUUCGGCCACAGCCUAUAAAUGGCUUCUUGAGAAUCAGAACAAGUUUGAGCAAGAAGUCUUUGGCCCCCCAAUUGUGACAUGCUCAGUCACUGAUCCCAAGUUUGCCGAUGCCGUCGAGUCUCUGUUUCAAAAGACAGACUAUCUCUGCUUCACUGCGCAAAACCGGAACGACUUCAAAACCCUGCAACGAGAGCUGAACGGCAACAUGAGACUCCACGAUGUCACCUUCCGGACCUGCUCGUUUCCACUUGACCAGAUGAGGCCUCCAUUGACAGACGCUCAACUUCGGGAAUCGGGCUUCGAUGGUUGGGCAAGAGACUUUCUUAGUGGGCCCGAUCCCGUCAUUGCCAUGCUGUGCAGCGAGAAGGGCUUGCACGCGACUCCCGUCGGAACCAAAGAUGUUUCUGACGCGGUGUUCAACAGGCUGCAGAACAGUUCGUUGAGCACUUGGGUAUCUGGCAGGACAAUGUACCAAAUCACCCGACGCAAAGAAUACGGACCUGGUGCCACAUCGACUCGGGUUCGAGACCUGAAGCGUGCACAAGUUUGGACCUCACAGCCCGUUGACCAGACCCUCAAGCGUCAAUAUCAAGAGAGCAUCGAUCAAUUGAAACAGAAGUUUGCCGAUCUCCGCACGAAGCUUGACUCGGAAAGGACCAUAGGCCAGAGGCUACGUGAAGAAUUGGAGCAGAUCGAUAAGGAAAUGAAAUCAAUCGAGCGAGAAAAGGAUGCAAGACAAACGGCGCAUACAGAAUAUCGGGCGAUUCCGAAUAAGAUUGCUCUACAACAAUCCAAGGUUGAUGCUCUCAAAUCCAUUUUUGACGGCAUGCGGGAGAGAGUUCGGAAUCUUCGCAUUCGGCAAGACGCCAUUGCAAUUGAAAAGGCUGAAGCCACUGUGCAAUACGCAGAUGCUGUCGAGAUAUUCCGCCAGGCGUAUGAAGAGUUGAUGAAGAUUCAAGUCCAUUUCUUGGAGGCCAACUCUGAUUUGCAGACCCUUCGGCGACGGAAUUCCGAAAGCUCAAGGGUGAUGGAGGAGAAGAGAGAAAAGCUUCAACGCGCUGUGAUCGCUUUCAGAGAGCUCACGGUCAAAGCCAGAGCGGCCAAGACAGAGGCCUCGCGGAUCAUGGAUGAGGUAGGCAAGCUGCCCGGCGGAAAUGAGAUUCUCCUAAGCCUCGAAAACCACGAUAUCGCCCAGCUCGAGGCUGAGAUUGAAUCGUCCGUGGCCCGACUCCAAUUCACCCUCGGUGGCAGUGAGCACAUGAUCAAGGAAUUCGAAGCCCGCGAAAAAGCCAUUGAGAAGCUGCGGUCCAAACUCACCGACUUCCAGGCUCAACUGGGGGAGAUGAGCGUUGCCAUCGACGAGAUCCGCAAGAAUUGGGAGCCCCGACUAGAGGCACUCAUCGAAAAGAUCAGCGAUGCCUUCUCUGAUUCCUUCCGACGGAUUGGAUGCGCCGGCCAGGUCACCUUGGGCAAAGCCGAAAGCGAGGCUGGUCCGAAUGGCGAACCGGGCGUCAGUGAAUUCGCCGAAUGGUCCAUUGUCAUCCAUGUCGCCUUCCGCCAGGACGCCCCCCUCUCGGUCUUGAACGCCCAUCGCCAAUCCGGUGGCGAGCGCGCCGUGAGUACGAUCUUCUACCUGAUGGCGCUGCAGUCGCUCUCCGCCUCGCCCUUCCGCGUGGUCGAUGAGAUCAACCAGGGUAUGGACCCACGUAAUGAGCGCAUGGUUCACGGACGUCUGGUCGACAUUGCGUGUGCCUCCAGCGAACCGGACGAAGUUGACCACCGCGGCAACCCGAUCGGUGGGGGCGGGGGCGGCCAAUACUUCCUGAUCACCCCUAAGUUGCUGAAUGGACUCGCUUACAAGCGGGGCAUGCGUGUGCUUUGCAUUUACAGCGGUGAGCACAUGCCCCAAGAUUAUGGCAAGAUCAAUUUCAAGGAGGCGAUUCGGAAGAUGGCCGCGCUCACUGGUAAGGAGGCUGGUAUUCCCAUUCAUGGGAAACAAGGGAAUACCCCUGUCUAUGUGUGA